AUGUUACUAGGGAACAAGAAAGCGGGUUUAUUGUUAUUGCUUUGUGUGCAUGUUUUUGUGGCCAAUAUUGUGGUUGCAAGGAAUGUGGCAAAUGUAAACAAUGAAGAGGAGAAGAACCUUUUAGGAUUUGGUAAGGGAGGUGGAUUUGGAGUUGGAUUUGGUGGAGGAGGAGGAACUGGUGGAGGUGGUGGGUUCGGAGGUGGAGCUGGAGGAGGAGGUGGACUUGGGGGUGGUGCAGGUGGUGGAGGAGGUUUUGGUGGAGGUGCAGGUGGGGGCGGUGGACUUGGAGGUGGAGGAGGGUUUGGUGGAGGUGCCGGUGGAGGGCAUGGGAUAGGAGGUGGGAUUGGUAAAGGAGGAGGAAUUGGUGGUGGGAUAGGAAAAGGUGGAGGACUUGGUGGGGGUGGUGGCUUUGGAAAAGGUGGAGGGGUAGGAGGUGGUCAUGGUGGAGGACUUGGUGGGGGUGGUGGCUUUGGAAAAGGUGGAGGGGUAGGAGGUGGUCAUGGUGGAGGACUUGGUGGGGGUGGUGGCUUUGGAAAAGGUGGAGGGGUAGGAGGUGGUCAUGGUGGAGGGUUAGGGGGUGGUGUUGGAAAGGGCGGUGGCAUUGGCAAGGGUGGAGGUCUUGGUGGUGGAGGAGGCUUUGGAAAAGGUGGUGGCAUUGGAGGUGGAAUUGGCAAGGGUGGAGGUCUUGGUGGUGGAGGAGGCUUUGGAAAAGGUGGUGGCAUUGGAGGUGGAAUUGGAAAAGGUGGAGGUCUUGGUGGUGGAGGAGGUUUUGGAAAAGGUGGUGGUGUAGGAGGUGGGAUUGGUAAAGGUGGAGGUCUUGGUGGUGGCGGAGGAUUUGGAAAAGGUGGUGGUGUAGGAGGUGGAAUUGGCAAAGGUGGAGGGCUUGGAGGAGGUGGUGGUGUAGGAGGUGGAAUUGGCAAAGGUGGAGGUCUUGGUGGUGGUGGAGGCUUUGGAAAAGGUGGCGGAAUUGGAGGUGGAAUCGGUAAAGGUGGAGGUUUAGGUGGUGGUUCAGGUGGAGGUGGCGGUUUAGGUGGUGGCGUUGGAGGUGGUUCUGGCACUGGUAUUGGUGGUGGAAUUGGGAAAGGAGGAGGUUUUGGUGGAGGUGUUGGAGGUGGUUCAGGCGGAGGUUUAGGUGGUGGUUCAGGGGGAGGCUUAGGUGGUGGUUCAGGGGGAGGCUCAGGUAGUGGCAUUGGAGGAGGAUUUGGUAAAGGUGGAGGUUUGGGCGGUGGUGCCGGUGGAGGUUCUGGCGGUGGUGCCGGUGGAGGAUUUGGCAAAGGUGGUGGCUUUGGAGGAGGUGUUGGCGGAGGAGCAGGUGGUGGUUUUGGUGGAGGGGCUGGUGGUGGAUUUGGUGGCGGUGGCGGUGGCGGAGGAGGUGGAGGCGGAGGCGGUGGAAUUGGACAGUGGCACCACUAA